CGAACCCCAACGAACCAUGCACAGUAGCAGUUCCUAUCUUCCCAUGUUUGAUCACACGCAAUGUGUUGUGCGCUCCUCAUUGCUGGAAAAACUCGGGCGCACCUUGCCAGUCAAAGGCCGUCAUCGGAAAACCGUGAUUGUGCAUGCGAACUCGAAUGUGCGUCGUAAUCCCAACAUCGCAAAACUACAGGCUGGCUACCUCUUCCCGGAGAUCAACCGCAUUAAAAUGAAACACCUGGAAGAAAACCCAGAUGCGAAGAUCAUUUCACUUGGAAUAGGCGACACCACUGAGCCAAUCCCGCAGCCCAUCACAAAAGCCAUGGCAGCCGCCGCCGAGAAUCUCGGAACAUUAGAUGGAUACGCACAGUAUGGCGGCUAUGGCGCCGAACAGGGUCAGACCCUCUUACGAGAGAAGCUUGCCGAGCGCUUCUAUGCUGAAGUGAACAUCCAGGCUAGCGACAUAUUUGUUUCUGACGGCUCCAAGUGCGAUAUCUCGCGCCUCCAGAUGAUGUUUGGCAGCAAUCGUAGAGUGGCGGUACAAGAUCCAUCGUAUCCUGCCUACGUUGAUUCAUCAGUGAUGAUCGGAAACACCGAGAUGUACGAUCAUGCAUCGAAGCAGUACGGCAAAAUCGUGUAUCUGGCCUGUAGUUCAGAGAAUGACUUCUUCCCGAAUUUAGGCCUUGCCAAGGAUGCAGAGCUCAUAUUUUUCUGCUCCCCGAACAACCCUACCGGCGCUGCCGCUACAAGAGAUCAACUCAUCGAACUCGUGAGACAUGCCAAGGAAACGGGAUCCAUUAUUAUAUAUGAUGCCGCGUACGCCAUUUAUAUUUCAAAUCCAAACUGCCCAAAAACCAUAUUUGAAAUCCCGGGGGCUGAUGAAUGCUGCAUUGAGACUUGUUCUUUUUCUAAGUACGCGGGUUUUACAGGCCUGCGCCUUGGUUGGACAGUCGUUCCUGAUAAACUUAAAUUUGCAGACGGAAGUCUGGUGAAGAACGAUUGGAACCGCCUGAUGUGCACCUCAUUUAAUGGGGCGUCGAACAUAGCACAAGCUGGCGGAAUGGCAUGCCUCUCUGACGAAGGCAUGAAUGCAAUGUCCGAACUUGUAUCGUUUUACAAAGAGAAUGCGACAAUCCUCAAGAAUACUUUCGAAGAGAUGGGUUACGCUGUAUAUGGCGGCACCGACGCACCUUACGUUUGGGUGUCCUUUGAUGGCCGCGACUCCUGGGAGGUUUUCACUGAAGUGCUCACCAAGUGUGACAUCGUCGUCACCCCAGGCAGCGGUUUCGGGCCUGCGGGUGAUGGUUUCAUUCGCUGCUCUGCCUUCGGCCACAGAGAAAAUAUCCUCGAGGCUGCACAGAGACUUAAAGAGUCUUUUUCAAGGUCCUGAAGACCGUUUUCCACACCUCCAAACAGAGAGUGAAUUUCAUACCUUCGAAGGUACCUUGGCACUUGGCAUUUCAUGCGUUCGGCAACGACUAAUAAUAUUACAAUAUUACAACAAAUAAAAGA